AGUGCGUGAAGUGUUGUGGGAGGCUGGCAGUAAACAUGGUCUUUCCUGCGUCGGGGCUCCCAGUGCGCGGCCAAAACUUAUGUACGCACACAGUGUUGUGAUACCUGUGCAAAACAUGAGUCACGUAGGAUUCACCAGGAGAAAAACCAUCUACGAGCUUCUAACUGAGAAUGUUGCACUUGAAUUUUUAUUCUGUGGCCCCUACAUGCCAACUGCUGGACUCAUGGUGAAAAUGUCAGUAGCGGCGAGGAGCUGCUGAGGGUGCGUAACCGUGACCAAACCUUGUUGCCUAGUAGUGAGAAGGUGGAUGAGGCCAUGGGGUCAUGGAUGGAGGAGAAGAUGGUGGAGUCUCGCCUGCAGGAGCACCGCACACUUCUGGAGGAACCCAAAAUUGCCAGAAAGGAUCAGCUACCAACUGGAGAGUGGCUGCCGGAGUCCCAGAUGGUGAAGUUGACUCGUCCUGGCAAGUUCUGGCACCACAUGGGUGUUGAGACAGAUAUCGGCAAGUGUCUGUAUCCUGAAGAAGCUGUCUACCUUAUUGACACUGGAGAGCUUGAGGUGGUGUAUGAUGGCCUUCCCCUCAGCCUCCAGCAAGCCCAGUCAGUGCUCUUACAGGAUGCCCACCACCUGGAUCAGUAUUUGGUGUACUCGCAUCUUACACGCACUGGCUGCAAGGUUGUGCGACACCAGCCUCACCUCAUCUUUACAAAAUAUGAAAAGGAUAUUAGACUUGACCAACAUCAAGCAAGUAGGAAAGGGACCAAGCUAAAACUUGGAUCAAAUAAGGCUUCACACACUGAUGACUCUUCACAAAGUGCCUCACAAUGUAAGCCAGUAGAUGCAGCUUUGGAGGAGCUCUAUGCUUGUCUUGGAGAUGCAGCAGUAAAUCCUCUCACAUUGGAGAAAAAUGGAGCAGGUUCUUCAGUCAGUACAGUCACCAAUUCCUCCAAAGAUAAGGAAAAAGAAUCUUGGAAAAAAGCAUCACAGUCUAGUCAAGAAAUACUGAGUCCACAUGAGAUAAAACGCAGGGAACUGAUUGAAAUGUUCCCUACUAUGGCAGGAAGUGAAAUCAUGUGUGUUGAUGUAGAACAUGUUGACUUACUUCCUAGUAAUUCCAUUCCUUCAAAAAAGUCAUACAGAAUAUCCAUAGAAGCCCUGGAGUACUAUAGCGUAUAUGAGACACGACACCACUACCAUUAUGAAAGUCAGAGUCACAAAAACCGGAACAGAAAAGAAUCCUGGAAUCAUUCUAGAGAUGCUAGAUGGGAUUCAUAUGGACGUCACUCAAACUGGCAGUCAAGGGACGAUUCUUAUCACUCAUAUGGCUACAGGGAGAGAGAGAGGGACAGGGACAAUAGAUGGCAACAUUCUAGAUCUCAGAGGGACUCGUAUGCCUGGAGAGAAGACAGGAGUGGAUGGCAGGACUCUGCAAAUGAUUCAAGUUGGCGUCAUUACAAUGAUCCAGACUGUGACACAAGAUUCAGAGAUAGAUUUGGUGAUUCUGAGCAUGACAGGUGGUCCAGAGACAGAAUGGAAUCCAGAGACAGAUAUAGUGGUCCUGAUUAUGACAUGGGAUUCAGUGACAGGCACAGUGAUAGUCCUCAGCCUCAAGACAGAGAUCAGAUUGACUAUAGUAUGUGGCCAGAGUGGAAGAGGAAACGACGUCCAAGGUCAAGACAACAAGGAAGAGAUUCAUAUCCAAGUUUUAUGGUAAAGCUCAGAACCAGAGUUACUUCUUGGAAAGAGUAUAAGAAUGCACUGGCUGAGAUGGAUGCCAAGAAGCAGCUGGCCAGGGGCAGCACCAGAGUCCUGUGGGAGGGGCGCACCACCCCACUCCUCACACCUGCUGCCAUAUCCUCAUCAGCUUCUUCCUCCAUCACUUCACUCUCAUCCACAUUAUUAUCCUGCAAUCUGAAUGCUGCAAUCACUGAUGUGGAGGCCUUCAGAAAUUUAAUUCCUCAAGAAGCCCGAAUGAAGGUGCUUUAUGAUGUGUACCUGCCAACAGCUACAUAUAAGAAGUCCAAUCCCCCAAGCCCCAACAAAAGAAUCGUGGUAAUAAGGGAUGGCAGCAUGCCCACCCCUGGCCAGAUCCUAGAACUGACGAGUCGUUUUGUGGAUGGUGUGGUGAUGGUGUGUGCUGUAGUGAAAGAUGGAGAGGUGCGGCUGUACACCUUCUCCCCCAUCACCCUGCCACCACCCCUGCAAUCAGCCAGCUGAGGAAAGUUUGAAGUGGUUAGAGUUGCCAGCAAACCAAAGUACAAACAUGUAGCAUGUCACCUUUACUCUGGGUAGUGCUGUGAAGGGUGUUUAGUUUGAUACAUUUUCUACUACUUGGUGUUAUCUAUGAAAUGUAAUUAUUUUAUGAUAUGAUUUGGUGUUUAUAGCAGGAAAUAUUAAGAGUUUUAUUGUGAGAGAACAUUUAGCUUGUGUAAACUCAUGUACACUUAAACAUCAAUUUAAUAGAGACUAUUAAUUUGCUGUUUAAAAGGUCCAUUGCUUGAUAAUUGGGGACUGGAUACCAUGAUUUUUCAUUAUUUUCCUAUGGAACACUGUUUGCCAUAAAUGAAGGUCAUGAAGCUGUAGUGACUAGCACUGCAUGCUUCAUUUGACCAGAACUUCUCACCACUUGCACCACUUGCUCUGCCACCUACCAGUCAUUUUUUCAAGCACCAGACUUUUUUAAUGAUACUGUUCACUUUUCCAAAAGGUGAUGUCUUUUCAAUAAAAUUUUGUUGAAGAAAC